AGCUGUUGACAGACUGUGGCUCCCUUCAAUCGCGACCUCCGGAGCUGCUGCUGGUUCAUGCACACUCGCUGAAUCUACUACUAUCAUUGUGGCAGUUUUUAAAAGCACAUGCUGUUUGUACACCGCUCGGUAACGGAGCAUAUGCUGCCAUGAGUGCUUUUUGUCGCCUGAUCCAGAGAGGACUGCUGAGCGGCCGGCCAUCGUCCCGUUUUUUCCUCGGACAGCAGGACGUGUGCGGGGUGGCUCCCAUCCAGACAGCCAGCUCAUCCAGCCCAGUCAACUUGACCUACGAUGUUUUCGAUGGGAAAGGAGAGAGCACUCCCCUUGUGUUCCUCCAUGGCCUUUUUGGCAGCAAAUCUAACUUCCACUCAAUAGCGAAGUCCUUGGUGCAGCGCACAGGCCGAAAGGUGCUGACUGUAGAUGCCCGUAACCAUGGCAACAGCCCUCACAAUUCGGUGUUGACCUAUGAAGCGAUGACCGGGGAUUUGAAACACCUCCUCGCCCAGCUGCACAUUGAGAAGUGCGUCCUCAUCGGCCACAGCAUGGGAGGAAAAACGGCCAUGAUGACCGCCCUGACGCAGUCUGGUUUAGUGGAGAGGUUGGUGGUAGUGGACAUCAGUCCUGCCCAGACCACCACACGCACCAACUUCCGCUAUUACAUCCAAGCCAUGCAGGAGGUGAAGAUCUCCAGCGACAUCCCACGUUCCACCGCCCGGCGAAUGGCUGAGGAUCAGCUGCGCCGUUUGGUCAAGGAGCGCUCGGUGCGUCAGUUCCUACUGACUAACCUGGUGGAGCAGAACGGCCACUAUGCCUGGAGGGUCAACUUAGAUGCCAUCUCAGCGCACCUUGAGGACAUCAUGAGCUUCCCCAGAAUUGACAACAUCUAUGAAGGACCUACACUGUUUUUGGGUGGAGCCAGUUCUGCUUAUAUCAGUUCCGAGGAUUACCCAGAAAUCCAGAGGCUGUUCCCUAAUGCUGACAUCCAGUACAUCCCAGAUGCGAGCCAUUGGAUCCACGCAGACAAACCUUUAGACUUCAUCAGCUCCAUCAGCUCCUUCCUUCAGUCCUAGCUGCCUCCUGCCCACGCCUCAGAACUUUUUUUAUGCUCAGCACCUCUGUGCAUCCCCUCGAUGAAAAUGAAGGUUAGAAUUCAGCAGCUUCAGCAAGAGCAAGUGGAGCCAUAUGAUGCUAAAACACAAUGGACCAAACUCACCCUUUCACAGCAGUUGGUUCUUAUCCUUCAAACAAAUGUAAUGUAGUGUAGUGAAGGUGAACUCUUCUUUUGUUUAGUCUCUCUGCCAUAUAGCUAGUGUGUGUUUUCAUUGAUUUUUAGACUGGUCAGUAGAAAAUAGCAAUGAAAAUAUCUCCAGUUUAACAUAACAGGGCUGUCUUGGAGGUGAUGUACUAAUCCAAAGAAACUCUCAUUUGCACAGUGCUUUCUUUAUGUUGAAACAUUUAUGCCAGUGUAACAAAAAAUUGGCUUUAGGCCAAGUGCAAUCUGGAGCUGAAGUGGACCGGUAGGAAGAUAGUUGGAUGUGAAGGUUUUGACAGCACUGGAAUGAAACAAAUACUGUAUAUGUGAGAAGCUCUUCUUGGAGAGAAGUGAAGAAUGUGCGAAGCAAAAAGUGUUUCUUUGCAGGAGGAGGUUUGAUAUGUGUCAGGAGGUUGGUGCUCUGCAAAGAGGCUGGACUGCAGACUUUAUGCGCAGAGAUGGUUUGUUGUAGAAACUUAUUUUAAUGUUGAUAAUAGUGAGAUAUAUAUAUAUAUGUAUAGAUAUAUAGAUAUUCAAUUUUGGUCCUUUAUUUCUCACGUCCUUUUCUCUGUGUGUCAGAGAUAAAUAUUUACAGGACGGUUACAACUCAAGGUCAUUGAGAAUGCUGGCUAUAUUUUUAUGCCAACAUAAUCCACUAUGAAAACCAAGCUGAAACACGCAAUUGCAGUAUUGCCACAAUCUGUUUCCUGAAUAUCUCAGGUUACAACUGGAUAUGCUAAUUAUUGUACACUUAAUACUCUUCUUCUGUCUGUCUGGCAGUAAGCCGUGGUAAUGUUGUUGUGUCUUUGUAUUUGGUCGGUCCAAUCACUGUUUUAAUGAAACGUGUUAGAGAUUUAUUAUCUGUAUCUCACUUAUCUUUACAAAGCUGUAAGGGGUAUCUCUCAAAUAUAUGCUGCAACAAUGUAUGUUGUGAUCGAAUUGUAAUAGUGUCAAUAUCAUUUCUGUUUCCAUGAGUUUGAACAGUACAGUCCACAGUAGUGAAACUGCCAUCUGGAUGAAUGAGCAGGGUGUUGUGAAUUUGUAUGUGCCUCUUUUGUCGAGAGCUCCUUUUCCAUUUCUGUAAAACUUGAUUAAAAAAAAAACAUUUAAAAAAAGCUUUUGUUCUACAAUAUUGACUAGCAUACUUUAGAUUGGCAGCUGGGUUGCCAGUUCUAUCUGACUUUUCUAACAGUGAAGCCUAACCGAUGCGGGUGUAUCCCUUCAUGGCACUAGAUGUUUACUACAAUCAAUGUUUUAUGUUCGUUUGAUGUGAAUACAGAAGUCUUAAAGGCUUCAAAUUACCAGAAUUAAGUUUAGCGAAACUGUCUUUGUUUUAUUCUUUUUAAUAAAGGUCCAGUUAGAGGAAAAGCACCCCCCCCCCCCCCCCCCCUUCAAGCACAGGAGUUGUCUUGUUACACAAUAUGAAUAGAUGUUGGGGGGGUGUUUCAGAUUCUGUAGUCUUGCAGUAGGGCAAGAAUGGGGAGCCCUGUGUCAACAAUAUAGAAAUGUGAAUUUAUUCACUCACAUAGAAAGGUUGAAGACUGUAAUCAUCUCUUCAGGAUUGUAUAUUGUUUCACUAUGAGCAUGCCUUUUCUCUUGUCCUCAGAUGUAAAUUUGCUGUGCUACAUACGUCUCAGUUUGUUGAACAUGUUGCCACAUUGGUGGCACUCAUUCUAGAUACUGCCGUAUAUACAUUUUAAAUGUGUGCAAAGAUGCAUAUAGGAGUGGAUUAUAUAUUAUUGAAAUGUACAAACUAAUUAAUAUUAUACAAUAAAAUGGCAAAAAUCUGCGA